GAAAACAAGAGCGCACCGCCGCGGCCAUGGAGAGCCACGCAGCCGAGGCGCAGAGCUACGAAGAUGUGCAGAAGAGCGGCUACCUCCGCAAGCACAAAUCCAUGCACCGGCGCUUCUUCGUGCUGCGGGCGGCCUCGGAGCACGGUCCGGCUCGGCUGGAGUACUACGAGAACGAGAAGAAAUUCCGCAGCAAAUCGCCGGUGCCGAAGAAAGUGCUGAACCUGGAGACGUGCUUCAACAUCAACAAGCGGGCGGACUCCAAGAACAAGCACAUGAUCGUGCUGUACACCCGCAGCGAGAGCUUCGCCGUGGCCGCGGACUGCGAGCAGGUGCAGAACGAGUGGUACCAGGCGAUGCUGGAGCUGCAGUGCAACUGCAAAACUCCAGAAGACUACGGCAGCAGCGGAGAGUGCAGUUCUCCGUCUCCCAUUCCAACGUUUAAGGAAGUCUGGCAGGUCAAAGUCUGGCCCAAAGGUCUCGGACACGCCCGGAACCUGGUGGGCAUCUACCGGCUGUGCCUCACAGAUAAAACUGUCAACUUCGUCAAACUCAACUCUGAUGUGGCCGCCGUGGUGCUGCAGCUCAUGAACGUCCGUCGGUGUGGUCAUUCUGAGAACUUUUUCUUCAUCGAGGUGGGCCGGUCAGCCAUCACCGGCCCCGGCGAGUUCUGGAUGCAGGUGGACGACUCGGUGGUGGCCCAGAACAUGCACGAGACGCUGCUGGAGGCCAUGAAGGCUCUGAGCGAGGAGUUCCGCCAGCGCAGUAAGUCUCAGUCCGUGGGGACGUCGUGCGGAACUCCUUCAAACCCCAUCAGCGUCCCGAGUCGUCGCCAUCAUCCGAAUCUGCCGCCCAGCCAGGUGGGCUUCACCAGACGGGCUCGCACAGAGACCCCGGGGAGCAGCACCAGCACCUCGCCUACGUCACGUCACGGGUUUCCCAGGGCGCGGACGGCCAGCAUCGGGGCGCGCUCCGAGGAGGGUGGAUCGAGCGCCAGAGGGACGUGGGCCAGUUCCAGCCCAAGUCUAAACGGAUCCUGCUCCACUACACCCACGCUGAGGCCCAAACCCACCAGAGCCCCCACCCCCGCCAAGAUUACCCUCAGCCUCGCACGCUACACGCCCAACCCUGCUCCCUCCCCUGCCCCGAGUCUGUCCUCCAGCUCUGGUCACGGCUCAGAGUGUGGCCUGGUGGGGGCAGCGGUGGGGGGAAUGACCAUUUGCUCCUACCCUCGUGUUUCUCAGAGAGUUUCUGUUUCAGGUUCACCCAGCGAUUACGGCUCGUCAGACGAGUACGGUUCCAGUCCAGGAGAACACUCCCUGCUCGUUCCCAGUCAGUCUGGACAUCACGUCCACGGAGAAGCCUCCUCCAGCUACAUAGUGAUGGGACAGCGGGAGGGUCUCCUCGGCUCUCACCACCGCUCCAAGGGCAGGAGGAUUCUGCGGCGGUCGUCCAGUCGGGAAUGUGAAGCGGAACGCCGACUGCUCAGCAAGAGGGCGUCGCUGCCUUUGGCAGCUCACGAGCGACGAAUUCCUCACAGGAAGGAUGAGGAAGAUGAAGAUGACGAAGAAUACGCCGUCAUGUCACAGAGCGCAAACAGAGGACCUGGGAAGAGGACGGAAAAACGCAGGGAGGGCGUGUCUGCAGGAGCAGCCGUGGACAGCGGCUACAUGUCCAUGCUGCCCGGCGUGACGUCGCCCCCUGUCUCGCUCCCCCUGUCAAUAGAGAUGUCUGAGGCCGGGGCCAAACCUGGGGCAGACGACGAGUACAUGGCCAUGACCCCCAACAACAGCGUGUCCCCCCCGCAGCACAUGCGUCAGCCCAGCGCCGAGGGCUACAUGGUGAUGUCCCCCAACAGCAGCAGCUCCACAGACCUGCACGGCCUGGACAUGUGGGACAGCAGGGCCAGUAUUGAGGGCCGGGCCGCGAGCGACUACAUGAACAUCUCCCCCGUCAGCAGCCGCUCCGCCUGCAGCACUCCCCCGUCUCACCCCGAGCAGCAUCAGCUGCAGCCCAAAAUGUUCAACUCCUACUUCUCCCUUCCACGAGCCUAUCAGCACACGCUCUACAGCCGCUUCGAGGAAGACCUGAACAAAGGGGAAGGAGGAAAAAAGGACGGCGCCGGGCAUGACGGUGUCGGCCGGGGAGGGGGCGUGGCCUACAGCAAGAGAAACAAAAUAGCGGUGGGCUCGGCGGGGGGCUGUCAGCUCUCCAUGUCUUCCUCCUCCUUCUCCUCCAGCUCGGCCAGCAGUGAAAGCCUGGAGGACAAAUCCAUAUCGGCAGGUCGAGGCCUGAGUUUGUUGAGAACCGGCGCAGAGUGCAGGAGCGCCGGAACGUGCACGAAAGAUGGACGUCACCAUCAGAAACGAGGGUCGUGCAGUAAGAGCCCGAAGCAGCAGAGGAAGGCUCGUCCUCUCAGCCUGACGUCAGACGUCACCAAAGCCAACACGCUGCCCCGGGUGAAGGAGAACGUCCCGCCGUCCUCCUCUCAGAACGUUGGUGAGUAUGUCAGUAUUGUAUUCAAGGAAACCGACGGAGGACAAAGUGCUGAGUCAGAACGUGGACCGCCGGUGAUCCACGGAACCCUGCGGCCUCUGAAUCAACAACUUCUCCGCCACAGUAACCCUAACAACCUUCCCCGGAGCUUGUCUGUGCCGCUGUCCACGUCCGCCGAAUACGUCAGCAUGGAUUUAGGAAAGUCCCUCACCCCGCAGUCCCCCGCCAGGUCCACACACAGCACAUCACAGGGCCCACCAGCCGUCGUCCCCAAGGCCCAACGUGAACACGGCACAUCCUCCCCCCUGGCAGCAGAGGGAACCAGCGGGUACAGAACGAAAGUAAAAAUGGCCGCCGACUCCCAGAGCCCGUUCACAGACGACAACAGCGGCUCCGAUCCCAGCAUCUCGUCCAGGUCUGCCCUGCACCCUGGUCAGCCCUCGUCUGUGGAUCAGCAGACCGCUCUGACUUUCUCCCCGGUCAAGUCUUUCCAGUCUCCUGAGAGGAGCAGCAGGCUGGUGCGCGGCGACCCGCAGGGACGACGGAGCCACCGCUCUGAGACGUUUAACUCCCCCUCUCACCCACGCCACCCACCCUCUUCUACCUCCCUCUUCACAGAGGGCAGUCAGGCAGAGAGCCACCGGCACGGCUUGGACUGCUCGCUGUGGGACAGCGGUCAGGCCGCUGCUCUGUCCGCUACACCUCCACCACAUGCCUCCUCCUCCUCCUCCUCCUCCUCNCUUAACUACAUUGACCUUGACUUGGCCAUUAAGGAGGGCCCUCAAGCUGGAGUGGAGCGCACCGCGGCCGCCUACACUGUCGGAGGAAGCGCUGUGGGAGGCGGCCCCAGCUCCAGCUCCAGCUCCAGCCUCAACACUUACGCCAGUAUUGAUUUCUACAAGUCAGAAGAACUGAGAGCACAGAGCGGCAGAAAGGACGGACAAGAUUGUUGAUCCGUCCUGGUUUCUGAGCGUGAUGAACCCGGUGCUACAGCGCCACCCUGCUGGACGCCGGAUACAGAUACUUCCUCAUCUUGUUUGAUUUGUUGUUUUCUGUCAACCAAUCACACGCACUCCACUUCAAACAUCAUGGUUCUGCCUUGUUUUAAAUGUAAAAAAUAUAUAUAUAAUUUAACUUGAAAUAGAUAAAGGAUGACAGUGAAAUCUGCGACAGUGAUCGACCUCAGAUCACUGUAGCCUCACCUCGUCCUGUCAAAGUCUGAUCACGGCUUCCUAACAAUCAUUCAGCAAAGGUCACAAGGCUUUCAGGAAAUACACACACACACACACACAGCAGAAAUACCCAUUGGUGCAUUUCAAACAUGCAUUUUAUGAAUAUAUUUUAAUUCCAAAUGUACUUGUGCAUAUUAACACACUUUCAAUUACUUUUUAUUUUUUUACAGACUACUAAGGGUGUGAUGAUAUCAAAAAACUGCAGGUACAGGUUAAGUACUGUCCCGGGGUAGUAUCCAUGGCAUGACAGUAACUUCUCGGUUAUGAUGGUAAAAAGUCAGAGAUUGACCUGAUGUCCUGCCUAAUGUUACUCUUUUUUUUACUCCAUAUAUGGAACCUAAGACUCAUUAGGUGAAAUAAGUAAGAAGAGAAGACCAACAACACUGGUCUAGCAGAGCAACAGCUCCAGACACAGGUAACGUUUCUGCACUUCUCUGUCUAAAUGAUUACUUUUUAAAUAUCUUCAUGUAAAUGUGCCAGAAAUCAUUUAUACACAGUAUUAUCACACUCAUAUGGGUAUUUUGAAAAGUAAAUCCUUCAUGUGGUCACAGUUGCUGCUAGCACUAACCAAGCUAACUGGUGCUACAACAGAUUAGCCUAUUGAUUAUUUUUUAUUAUUAUUAUUUUAGAGACUAUAAAAUAAAUUAAAGUAACAAAACCAUUGCCUCACAGUCACAAAAACACUUGUCACAUGUAACUUAUUUAUUAAUUUAUUAACUGAAGUGCAACAACAAAAAACAAAACAAAAGCAGAAGAGAACUAUAAUGCUAAGCUAACGGCUAGGCUAGGCUAGGCGAACCUGGUUGUAAAUACGGCUAUGUUGGUUCGUCUUUUUUUUAUUUAUUUUUUUUUAUUUUAUUUUAGUUAUACUUUGAUAAUUUAAGCCAAGCUGGUAAAUGUCCAGUGUUGUUUAUAGCUGGAGGCUAAAGGAAACACAACAGGAAGUGACGCGAUACUGUUGCAUUCUGGUGGAUUUUGCCUCUUUUAUUAGCACCCACGUCAUCAUGUCAUCCUUUGUCUAUGAUCCAAGUUGAAUCCUGUAUUUAGGUGACGCAGACUAUCACUUAAAUCUACAGGAGAAAAGACGUACAGCCUUAGCUGAGGUUUCAUUCAUGCACAUACAUAUUUGAGUUGUUCUAUACAGAUGCCAAAAAAAAGCCUUGUUUUUAUUUAUUUAUUUAUUUAUUUGCUCCAGACGGUGCUUCAAAGUCCUCUGUAAUUUCUGAGCUGCGGCUCCUUGAACGUCGAUC